CGCUCGCGUCGUCGGUUCUGCUCUCAAAAUGCGAUAACGAUCCAUUACGUGUAUAAAUAUUUACAGUGCGCCUCUUCAAACACAUAUAAUAAUACGUAUCUACUAGAGGAUUUUUAAAAAUAAAAGCUUAAGAGAUUACUAUAGUUUAUUUGGCUUCGAAUAUAAAUAAAAUAAUUAAAGUAUAAGGGGAGUUUCAAAUAUAUUUAAAGGUUUUCUUAUAUCAAGUUUCGUUCUACAUCCAAUGGAAUUUAAACUUGAUUUCAAUAGGCAAACAAGUUGUAAUUAACAUGUACAAUCUGUAAUAAAUAAAAGUGAUCACAGGUGUAAGCGUGUCCAAGCAAGUUUUUGAAAAGCCGGCUAUUGUUAGCAAUGAUAAGACGGUAUCGCAGUUGCAGCCAGACGUCUAUAUAGAGCAGGACAUUAUCUAGAAUUUUUAAACACCCCAAGCAAAUAGCUUUUAAAUCGGUGGUAUUUUUAAGCAACUUUUACCGAUAGCCACAAACUCGCGCCAUCGGCGGAUACUGAUAAGGAUAAGAGUUGGUUGCUAAACACUAGACAUUCUUCAGUCGUUGGAGGACCGUGCGAAGAGUCUCUACUUAAUUCUUCGGUCCGUGAAGAGUUUUACGAGUUUUUGAGAGCAGCAAACAUGAAAAUCGAGUGGGCUCCCCUAGAAGUUCCCAUGGAACGGCGUCGUCAGACGUUUGCCAUGGCCUUCUUUAUCCUUUCCUUCAUGAUACUAUCCCUUGGAUCUUAUGUACUAGUUGCUGCUUUGUUAAUAUAUGGUGGCCUUGUGUGGCGCAGCUUGGUGGUCAUCUACUUGGUCUACGUCUUUGCGAAUCACAGAAGAACUCACUCUAUAAUGGACGGCAAUGGCUGGAAGAUUAGCCGCAACAACUGGCUGUUUCGGCACUAUCGAGACUACUUUCCCGUUCAGCUUAUCAAAACCGCAGAUCUACCGCCGAAUAAAAACUAUAUUUUGGCCAGCUUUCCCCAUGGUGUACUGGCGACGGGCAUUUCCAUCAACAUGGGUCUAGACAUCUCCAAGUGGCUGGAACUGUUCCCGCAGGUGAGGCCCAAGGUGGCCACUUUGGACCAGAACUUCUUGACGCCCAUUGUGCGUGGUCUCUUGAGAUCUUGGGGCCUGGUCUCUGUGUCCAAAGAUGCUUUGGUAUACUUGCUGUCCAAGUCGAAUGAUCCCGAGCACAAAGACAAUCGGGAUGGGUUCACCUCCAAUGCGGUGGCCAUUCUUGUGGGUGGUGCUCAGGAGGCACUGGAUUCGCACCCUGGUAAAUACAUCUUGACCCUGAAGAACCGCAAGGGUUUCGUCAAAAUGGCCAUUCGAACGGGGGCAUCGAUUGUACCCUCGUUUUCCUUUGGCGAGGUGGACAUCAUAGAUCAGCUGGCCAAUCCACCGAACUCUCCGGUUCGCCGCUUCCAAGAUUUUGUAAAGAGGAUUACGGGGAUAUCCCCGCUUAUUCCCGUGGGUCGCGGCAUCUUUAACUACACCUUCGGAAUUCUUCCCAACCGACGACGCAUCGUUCAAGUUGUUGGUUCCCCCAUUGAUGUAGUAAAGAGUGCUGAGCCGGAUGCAGCCUAUGUGGACAAGAUACAUAAACAGGUCAUCGAUGACCUGGAGAAGAUGUUCGCUCGGUACAAGGAUGUUUACAUACCCAACUCCAAACAGAGCAAGCUGAUUAUUCAUUAGUCAAAAAAAUUGUUUUCUAAAAAAUGUGAUCAAACUAAUGCUUUAUAAGCAUAUAAUACAAACCCAUUUAGUCAUUUUA